UUCAUUUCCAUUUUCACCUACGCUCCGAGAGUGUAGAAUAAUUUGUUCGAAAAAUCACUUCUAACUCCGUGACAACAAAAUAUUGUAAGUGUUGGACAACAACCACUAACAAAAGAAGAAAGAAUAAAAUUUGGUAUUCAAAAUACAAAUCUACAAGUGACCUGUGCAUAAAUUUCAUUCUUUGUUUUUCUAUUUGUUGUUAUAUUUUGCUACAAGUGAGCUAACUCAAAGAUAACACCGGACCCUCCCGGCACUUCGCAAGGCAACAAGCUGAAUCAACAACAGGCAAAUUCGAUCAACGCCAAUCCACUUGCACAUCCUCGUAAGACGCCGAACUGCGUUCACCUUCGGCAACCAACCAAUACAUAUACCAGCUCCGACUACAACAAUCACUUAAAUAUUAAUAAUAAUGUUAACAAUUGCGCAAGAAUCGGUACAAAAAAAGGUGUUGACUCCCCAUCCGGCGUCCACCGGACGGUCCCCCACUUUGCCCAGAACGCCUCCGGCAGUGUUUAAAAAGUCCAACACCUGCGGAAGCCUUUUCGCAAAGUGCAGUUGCAACAGCAAUGAAAACACAUCUUCCAAGUGCGUCCAGAAAUCGACCGAAUCUACUAUCGUUUCAUCACCAGACACCACCGACAAUAAACUGCAGGAAAAAAGAUAUUCAUCACCUGAAAUAACCAGCGCGACCAGAAACAACAAUACCAAGAAGACGCACCACAGAAAAACCAAGUACAGCGAGUGCCUGCGACACCCAGAAAUACCUUUCCCACUUACCGAUCUUCUGGAUCGAAAUCUGACAGAAAACCAUCACGAAAAACAGUCGAGGUACAACAAUUACCUGAAUCUCAGUAAUCUCCACUACCCAGAUCUUGUCUGUGACUCGGCAUCUCAGUCCAAUCUCCUCUAUUUGAAGUACACGGCGCUUGCGAAUAGGAGCCAGAGUAUUCCCGGAGCUACCGACGACUUAUCCUUGAAGAUUCUUCGCGAUUUUGGUGCGGUAAACGACAAUAUGGGCAGCGGGAUGAGUGCGCCAACUAUGACCACCGUAAAAGAUGCCACCUCCGAGUUUGAGAGUGCUCCACGACCUCGUCUGUCGCAGAGCAUCCUUUGUGGUGAAGGAAAGAGAAAAUCUAGCGUCAUCGAGGAUUACGAGUACCUGAAGACGGUAGUACAACAGCUGAAACGGGAAUUGUCAGAUCUAGAGAUAAAGUACGGCGCUCUCGAAUCCGAUUUGCAACUAAGCAAGAAAGAGUUGAAUUCUAAAGAAGCCGAGGUGACUAGAUUACAAUGCGAAGUUCAUAAGCUCAAGAGUGUUUUGCAACAAGCUACCAGUUUUAAUAAUGGCAAUUACAUGCUUACCAGUUUACAAGAGCAGCAUGCAAUGGCCAAUAAGCAAGUGCCAUCGUCCAAUGUUGUUAGCCUUUAUGGAAAACGACAGGGUGUUUCGGCAGAGUCCAGUGACAUUAGCCAGCCGAGUGACAUUGCAAUACAAAAACACGAGAAAGACUUCAGGUCUAAGCAACUUAUCAAGGAUGCCAUUAUGGAUAAUGAUUUCUUAAAGCAUCUGGACUCGUUGCAAGUUCGAGAAAUCGUUGAUUGCAUGUAUCCGAAGGAACUACGAAGGGGAAGUUUCGUAAUAAGGGAGGGAGAUGCUGGGGCACAUCUGUACGUUUCAGCAGAGGGGAAGUUUGAAGUAAUUAAAGAUAAUAACGUUCUGGGAUACAUGGGUCCCGGAAAAGCAUUCGGAGAGUUGGCCAUUUUGUACAACUGCACAAGAACUGCUUCCAUAAGAGUUGUCGCCGAUUCGAAAGUGUGGGUGCUCGACAGAAAAGUUUUUCAACAGAUCAUGGUCAGGACCGGACUGCAACGUCUACAAGAAAAUAUUAAAUUCCUCAGAUCUGUGCCUUUAUUACAGAACCUUAGUUGUGAUGUUUUAGCAAAAAUUGCCGAUGUAUUAGAAGUGGUAAGAUAUAACUUAUCAGGCUUCCUGGAUACCUAUCUAAAAAUCGGCGACUUUUUUAAUUAUAUAAAUUGUUUAUUUAUUUUGUUUUUAAUUACAUAUUUAGGGAGAUUAGAAGAGGAAGAAAUUAGAACAUUGAAAAAAGGCGAUUAUUUUGGCGAGCAAGCUCUCCUGAAGGAGGACUGUAGAACAGCUUCUGUGAUAGCCUUAUGUCCCGGAGUAGAAUGUCUUACGCUGGACAGAGACUCUUUUAUACAACUGAUUGGGGAACUUAGUGAAUUAAGGGAAAAAUGUUACGGGGAUGAGCACAGGUCUACAAUAAUGAAACAUAAUAGUUCGUCAAUUUCAGAAUUUGAACACAUAAAAUUAGACGACUUAGAUAUAAUUGCAACAUUGGGUGUUGGGGGCUUUGGAAGGGUGGAACUAGUUCAAUACACGCACGAUCCAUCGCUUACUUUCGCACUUAAAUGCUUGAAGAAGCAGCAUAUAGUCGAAACGCAGCAACAAGAUCAUGUGUUCAGCGAAAAGAUGAUCAUGAUGAGCUGCAGGAGUCCAUUCAUUUGCAGACUAUAUAAGACUUUCAAAGACUCGAAAUACGUGUACAUGCUAUUGGAAGCAUGUUUGGGGGGUGAAGUGUGGACCAUACUCCGCGACAGGGGUUGUUUCGAUGAGCCUACGACCCGUUUCAUCACAGCCUGUGUUGUAGAAGCUUUCGACUAUUUACACACACGCGGCAUUAUCUACAGAGAUCUGAAGCCGGAAAAUCUCCUAUUGGACGCGCAGGGAUACGUGAAGAUCUGCGACUUUGGUUUCUCGAAACGUUUAGGAUACAGCAGCAAGACGUGGACGUUUUGUGGUACGCCUGAAUACGUUGCGCCGGAAACCAUUUUGAAUAAGGGUCACGACAGGGCUGUUGAUUACUGGGCUUUGGGAAUAUUGAUGUUCGAGUUGAUGACUGGAAGUCCACCCUUCACAGCAGCCGAUCCCAUGGCAACGUAUAAUCUAAUAUUGAAAGGUAUCGAUAUGAUCGAUUUUACAAAGAAAAACGUCGGUAGAUCUGCUCAAAGUCUGAUUAAAAAAUUGUGCAGAGAUUCGCCGUCUGAACGACUUGGUUACCAAAGGGGUGGAAUUCAAGAUAUUAAAAAGCACAAGUGGUAUCAAGGAUUUGACUGGGAUGGUCUAAAAUCACGCAUGUUACCUGCUCCCCUUGUGCAACAGGUGAGAAGUGCAUGUGAUACUUCGAACUUCGAUUCGUUCUCGAAAGACAAAGACAUCCCACCAGACGAUUUCUCAGAUUGGGACAUAGAUUUUUAAAUUUGAUACCUACAGUGAAUCUCCCUGUGUACAUACAACUACAUAGGUGCUUAUCUAUUUUUAAAACGGACUUUAUAUCUACAGAAUAGAAUAGACUAAUAGACUAUAGGUGUUAAUGUGGACUUACAAGAUAGUGGUGACAAAAAUUAAAAAGAUCGUGAUAUAUAUAUAUACGGACUAAAGGGUAAACGAAGGUAGUGUUAAUCCUUCUUAAACCCUCCAAAUCCUGUAGAUAAAACAAGAUACGAACGUAGGACAUGGAAAGCUGAUAAUGGAACCGUAAACGAGUGGUAAUGAGGCCGAUUGCGAGGUGCCAUCAGAUGAUUCAGUCAAAAUUGACGGAAGGAACAAGUUGGUAGUAUGGUGUCGAUGUCAUUAUUAUCCUUACGAGGUCACAGCGAGUCGGCAAAGAAAAAAGAAGAGCCGCUCCUGUAGGACAAAAAUUAAACGGGAGAAACCCUUCAAAUAUGAACG